AUGUCAGCUCACGUUGAAGCGGAGGAUUUGGAGCAACAGCCACUACAAACAGGAAAUUCGACAAAUUACGGGGCAAGUUUGAGCCAGCCUCAGGAAAAUGAUAUUAAACACCCGUCUCUACGAGUACGGCGUAAUUUAAUUGCCAUCACAGUUAUUUGUUUGAUCCUUGGCGCUGUCGGAUUAUAUGUCUCGAGGUUUAUACCGUCGACAGACAUUAUUCAGGCAUAUUACGACGAUGCUACCAAAAUAAAGAUCCACAGCAUCUCCUAUGAGGGCUGGGACUCUGAGCCCCAAGAGGUCCAUUCUAUUAAAAAAGGUGUUUUUGCAUUAAAGGAAGGCGACUCUUACAAAUAUUUGAAAUUGCGAGCGAAAGUAGGCGUGCAAUUCGAUCACGACCAAGCUUUGGCCAUAUCGAACUCUUCGACCGAUGCACGCCGUAAGAAAGCUUUCCUCAAGUUUUCUAGCCAGUCCUUGGUAAGGACACUUUGUUUUGAUCUCAACAACAUGAAAGCUUAUAAUGACAAUGCAACGGCAAGCCUGGGUCUGGGCUCCGUUCGCAUCCCUCAAACGGUGUGUGUCGAUUUGAGAGCAAAUAAAACGACAGAGUUGGAUCUUCCGAUUGUCGUGUAUCCCGAUACCGAAAAUAUCGCUUCGGUGAUCAUAAAGAUUUGGAAACGCAAAUUUCACGAGCUCAACCUCUGGUCAAGUUUUGAUGUCACCUUGUCCAAGUGGGGACUUCCCAUAGGAAGAGUACUGAUACCUAGAUUAGACUGGAAUGAACUUUUUGACUGGCGCCAAGUACAGUCUUAUGUCGACGAAAUGCAGGACAUUCUGAAAGAACCCAUCAAAGUUGACGAUUUGGAGAUUACUGACAGUGAUGAAGCUGUGAAUUUUCAUAUUGCCACCUCAUAUACCUGUCCUGAGCGAUUCAAAGAUAUUCUGACAGCUCAGAAAAACUCUGUGAUUCCGCCAAUGUCGUGGAAGGUCCGUAUGCCUGGUUGUGAUGGAAGCGAGCCAAUAUUUCUUCAGAACGCCGAUUUUCAGACACCUUCAAUACCCGUAAAGGUCCUCUUUUCACCAGGUCCAACUGCCAUUAAUAUAACAGGACAAAUUUAUGGUCCGCUUCCUGAUGAGUUACUAUAUCAAGUUUGCGAUUCAGAUGAGGAAAAUGUUGUAACGCCAAUAAACCUGUUUCUGAAAAACGUCUUCAAUUCCACGGAGAGUGUAAAAUUUGAUAUCAGCGGUCACCACGCAGACCGCACCAAUAAUAGCAUUGUGCCCAAAUGCUUCUUGGACGAGAUUUUGCCGUCAAUUUUACAAGAAAUACAUGCAAAUCUAACACUUAAUUCGGAUCAGUUGGUGGAGCAGGUUUCAAUUGAUGGAAUGAAGCUAAAAUGGGUUCAAAGGGGAUGGGACGAAAAAAAUCUUGAGGUGAAGGGGAAAGUUAACAUCUUGGUCAAUCUCCCGUAUUAUAGCGCAGCUCAUUCUAAGGGACAGGAAACAGUUUCUAUUAAAAAGAUUAAAGGUCUCACUAAGGUAUUUCACAAUGACGUACACUUCGUUUCAGUUCCCAUGGAUGUUUGGCUAAAUGCAGAAUCGGAGAUUGUAAAGUCUGAAGAACAAAUUCAGCUUCGAGUUUCGUUUGAUAUUGCUGGUCAAAAUGUUGUGGUGGAAGACAAAAUCGAGCUCACAAAAUGUUUGAACGAAAUACUCGUCAAAGGUCAAGCACAGGUGUAUGUGGAGGGAAAGCUGGAUUUGAUGAUGGAUACAAAGUUAGGAUCCAUUGUCUUACUUGGUUUGAAAGGUGAUGGCAAUACGGUGAUUAGAACAUGA